AGCACGGCAACUUAAAGGUAGCUCGUCAUUCGCACGUGGGCCUUCGUUCGUGACGGAUGUGUGCGCGCGCCAAGGAGAACCGCCAAUUGCAAAGACACACCGUCGGUUAACCACGGGUGGUACGUGUCGGCAACAGUGUAAACCCGCGGGCGAGAAAAUUUCCAUUUAGACGUGCGAAUUUUCGUGUAGUCGCAUCUCGACGGUGAUAGCGACUUCGAGCAACGCGGUUCCGCUCCAAAAGCGAGAGCAGUUGUUAUCCGUGGUGCAUUGUUUGAUAUACGCGACAUCGAUUUUUUGAUCGUCGGAUCGCUCAUUGUCGAUCCCGCUAAAGGAGUUCCACUGGUGCUUUUCAUUGGGAUUAAUCGCGAUAUCUACACAGUGCGACUAACAUCGGUGGAACGAGAGAGGUCUCAAAGUCUCCGAUCGCCUAAAUGCUGCUGAGCCUGUGACGUUGAUUAACGUUCGUGCCAAGUACCAAAGAAGGUGUCAAAAUUGAGCAAGUAGUCCUUUCAUCCGGCGGUGAUCUCGCCAAAAUUUGGAGGAUGUUGAUGCCUGGUGCCACGGGUCUCAGCACCGUCGGCACUGUCGGUGCCGUGGGGGCGCCAGGGCCGGACGAGUUGGUCUCGAGCCUGGGCGCUUUGACUGGCACCACACCCCAACAGAAGGACACCACCUGGACGAAACUUUUCGUCGGUGGUUUGCCCUACCACUCCACCGACAAAAGUCUCAGGGAACACUUCAACGUCUACGGAGACAUCGAGGAAGCUGUCGUAAUCACGGACAGGCAGACUGGAAAAAGUAGAGGCUAUGGUUUCGUGAUCAUGGGAGACAGACCGGCAGCGGAGAGGGCGUGCAAAGACCCCAACCCCAUAAUCGACGGUCGCAAAGCAAACGUCAACCUGGCCAUUCUUGGAGCUAAGCCCAGGGGUAAUCUACAAGCGACAUUCCCGUUCGCUGCUGGCAUCCGAGCUGGAUACCCCACGGUUCUUCCUGGCCAAUAUGGGGUGCCACCGGGUUACGUGUAUCAGUCGCCGUACCUGGCGACCGCGGCGCCAGGUGGUUUGGUACCGCUUCCGGCAACACAGUUGACCCACGCCGCGGCAAUGGCGGCGGCGUCCCAAUUUUACGAGUAUCAGAACGCCGCUGCAGCGGCCGCCAGUUAUCCGGGGACAUCGUACAAUUUCGCCGAGGCUUAUCCGUAUACCAGCGCCGCCGCGGCCGGUAUGUGUUUGAAAAGUGUCCAGAGCAAGGACAGCAACGGGCUGAUACACCACCAUCAGCAGCACACCGGCGGCAGCCCCGCGGUGCUGGCCCACCAACGAUUGGAGAAAGCUCUCCUGCCGCCCUUUCUGCCGUCCUUGCUACGUAGCAACGCAAACGCGGCAGCGGCUAGUUACGUGACACCCUAUACGUACGCGGCGCUACCAGGUGCAGCAGGGUUGCCUGCAGCCGCGGCCGCAGCUGCAACGGCGGCGGGUGCCGCGUUCCCAGGUCUCCCGUACCAAACAACGCCCCAAGAAGCGAGAUUGCAGUAGAACUCGGGGCCCAACCAUCGCUGGGAAUCCCAGUGUCGCCACCGUCGCGACUCAAAACUCGAUCCUCGCCGCAACGAACUUGAAAUCCUCGCCAGACGCCUUUCAUCGAAGACACCGUGCGGCGCCCCCCCCCCCCCCCCCAGCCAUUAGUUUCUCAGCUGUUCCGGAGUUUCGUUCCGCGUUUUCACGAGUUCAUAUCUUCUUCUCUUUUCCGGAAACGGCGCACCGUCGGAGAAAACACGAGAACGAGGACGACGCCCACGCCGUGGCUGCUCAGGAUCGACGACUCGCGGUUUCUUACUUAAUCUUUAAAUCUUCCCCACCUUAAUCUUCCUUUGCCACGUUCUCCUUUGUAGGGCCAACAUUGGCGCGCUCAGCCAAUUAGUACUCGAAGAUACGAGACGUUUACGAUUAUUUAUAAUUAAGGAAGCACGAAUAGAGGCUUUUCUUCGAUAGAUGCGCGCGCGCGCGGACUUCCCGUCACGAAUUGUAGUUUGCGAUUACUGAUCACUCGGGCGAUUGUCAAUGAUACUAAACGAAAUGUUUCGGUAAUCAAUGGCUCAGUCAAUGGAAGACCGAUCCGUAUUCAGAAUUGAUAGAUACUACUCUCGACCUGUAAUCUCGAGGCGUUGGCAGGAUUCGAAGGCACGUUUCUUCCAGUAUUCGACGAGGAACCGUUUCGGCGUUCUUCGUGGUCCGUUAUCGCGAUUUUGCUGCGAUCUUCCAGAGAGGGAGAUUUCUGACGGUGUCGUUUCGGCGCUUUCGUCGGAUGUCUUUUCUGAAUAUCGGUCGAAGCGUGCGGAAAUGCUAUCGAAUCGAACGGUUGUACACGAUGAACGAAACCACGUGACGACGACGGAAAUUAUUGAGCUGACUCAUCAAUAACUUCCAUUUUUUAAUUCACAAUUUACUUACAAAUAUAUUUUUACCAGACUGCGAAUGUUUAUGCACAGUUUCACAGAUACUGAAAAUGAAAUUAAUCUUAAAUUAUUGCGUAUCUUAUCUUCUCAUAGAUUUUCCAUUACUUCCCUUCGACGUACAUGCAUAAACGUCUGCAGUCUAAUUAUCGCAUAAUAAAUCUUAAUCAAUUUUACGAUCACAACAGAAGUUAUUUAUGAAUCAAUCCCAUAUAUUGGUCCACUAUGUCCCCAGGAGUGUAUCGUAGAUACAACACACAGUGGGUUGAUCAAUUUUAAACAUACGUCCCUUUGUGUUGCUUUAUUUGAUAUUUUUAUACAUUCUCUCUUACGUCGACACUUUCGCUGCAGAAUAUUAAUUAUUGUACUUAAAUAGCAACUUACGUAACUUCUAUUCGAUCUGUACUUACUACUUGGAGCAUGGAGUCCCGUCGCAAGUCACGUGGUUUUAUUUAUUCGUGUUCGCUAUCUUUUUUGGACAUAUCGUAGCUCAGUAGCUGUGUAGCUCAGUAGGUACGUUGGGAUUUUUUUUUCUACUUUCUGCGUAGGAAACUCUGUGCACCCGACGACCUAAACGCGAAUAAAAUGGCCACGAAGCUUCCGCGUAGUUCAAGACUCACGAGGGUACUCAGAAAUCGAGUACUCGAAGUAUGUACCAAACACAAAGUGUUCCUCAAUCGCCUUAACAUUUUUGCGUCCAAGUAGCAAUGUUUCUAAGUAUUUUUGAAACUAUUUGUGGCUGAACAGAGGCGACUUUUAGAGACAACCGUUUCUCACAGUCAAUUUCCAGACGUUUAAAUUAGAACACUUUGUGCGAUCCCUGAUUACUCGAAAAUGUCGACAAAUGUUAAACAGGGAGAGAAGGGGUCCAUUUCGGCAUGGCAUUGCCAGCUUCGUGGAUAUAAUUGCUCGUUUAGGAGUAUAUCUCGUUCGCGAUCGAUUAGGAAGGAUUUUUCUAAGCGAUUCGAUGAAUGUUUGUAGACGCUUUUAGGUAAAGCAACGACUUGCAAGUGACGGCGGUCGCAGGUUGUAAUUACGUCGAUGUUGUCUUGAGAUCGCUCAGAAGCGAAAUCACCCAAGUGUCUUAAUGACGAUGCCUUUCUAGCGUGUCUUAACGAGAGUUAUUCAAACGAAUCAUCGUUUCACGGUACGAAUUCAACGAGGACCAACGGACGAACGAAUUGCGGCCUCAUUGGUUAUCCGAAUGACGAUAAUCAACCCUCGCGAGGAGUUGUCGUCAAAUUACAUAAAAAGAUCCGUGUCUAGAACUGUUUCAGCAGUGUUUAUUAAUUGUGGGGCUUGGUUCUUCGGAAUAAAAAUUGAAGUGAUUUGUGAUCUUCCAAGGAUGAAGUUUAUUAGACUGUAUUUCUAAAAAUGAGAAAUAUCAGAAAAUUUUAGAAAUCUUCUGGAGAAUAUUCUACUAUAUUUUGCACAGAAUUUCUAAUAGAAUAUUUUUUUAGAACCGAGGAAAGCCAAGCAUGUAAGAUUAAAAAGUCCUAAAAAACCUCACGCUUAGAAGAUCACGAGUUAAGUUUGUGACUAGAAAUACUUUCACAUAAAAAAUAAACAAUAUAAGAAGUCAUCUAUAUAGAAUACAUCACGAACGUUUACACGAAUAUUUUCUAAUAUUUUUAUAGAACUUUGCCCCACCACAAAUUGGCUGAAAUAUUGACAAAAACCCAUAUGCUAUCGCUCAAAAUUAACAUUUCCGUCUGUCUCACGAUUCAAAUACUAUUCUACCCCCGAUAAAGUUCGUUCGUCCAAUCUUACAAGUGAUCUGGUGCCUUAAUUAGCACAACCGAGUAGUCUUAACGGUUAGAAACUAGUCAGUGAUUUCGUUAGCGCGAAACUAAUCGCCUAACUCGUGUACAGGGGCUGAAAAACUGAACGAAAAGAAGGUUUUUUUUUUUUUUUUUUGGAAACCGACAGAAGAAACUGAACGGGAUGGUGAACUAGCUCUAGCGUGAACGGAAGAGAGAGGGAGGAUCGGGCUAUGAAGAAUGAGACUGUCUAGUCCUAAACUCUUCGAGACCUUAGACGAGGUUAACUCGAUUCGUUAGAAUUUUAAGUAGUACGUUAAUAUACGCAUGAUGUAACGGAGAAAAGAAACCAAAAGUCUUGUAAAAAGUUUAGAGAAAGAGGCGUUUGUUAGGAUGGAUUAUAACGUUAAGUAUUAAUUAUUACAUAAUCGAUCGAUUAAGGUAAUAGGAAAAUAAAUUAAUACUAUUGAUAUUAUAUUAUUAUUAAUAUUAUUAUUAUUAUUAUUAUUAUUACUUAUUAAUUAUUAUUAUUAUUAUUACUAUUAUUAUUAUCGUCA